GAGGCCGAGUAGCAGAGUCAAUCGCUCGCUCGUAGAGCCGCGCAAUAGCACACGACUGCUCUGAGUAACGCGCAUUCAUCGACCAACCAUCAGACGCGGCAAAAAUUGUGCUGCAGGACGCACAGCAGCAUCAGCAGUCAUGAGUGAGCCUCCAGCCCCUGCGCCAGCCGCCGCGGCAGCAAUGCCGACGCGCACCGUCACGCUAACAAAACAGUUUCCCGCCGGCGCGCCCGCUGAAACGGACGAAGAAAAGGCGAAACGGCUUUCAGAGUUGAAAGCGAGAAGCAUGCAACCGGUCAAACGAGACUUCAUUUGUAAAGCCCCACCAAAAGACAGCGGCUCGCAACGAGGCCAGAACAAGAAAAGACCGAUCGAGAAGAUGGAGCCCAAGAAGGACGAAAUACUGAGGGAUCCGCCGGGCGCGAAGGACGAAACUUCUCGCAUCCCCUUCGCGGCGAUGCUUGCUCUGAGAAAGCGCGAGCGGCCCUUCCUGACGCCGCGGUCUACUGAUAAUACGACCUUCGACCUGCAGCCGGUGGUCAAGGAAAGGAAACCCGUGUCCUUUGACGGUAAGAUCUACGUGGCACCACUCACGACUGUCGGCAACCUCCCUUUCAGAAGAAUUCUGACGAAGUUCGGCGCGGACAUUACGUGUGGCGAGAUGGCCCUGGCCCAAUCUUUGAUAGAUGGCCAAUCUUCCGAAUGGGCUCUGCUGAGACGCCACAAGGACGAGAAGUGCUUCGGGGUCCAAAUCUCAGCCGCCCACGGGGACCAGAUGGGUCGGGUCUGUGAGUUGAUUGAUGAGCACUGCGACGUGGACUUUGUGGAUCUGAACAUGGGCUGUCCCAUCGAGUUGGUAUGUCGGAAAGGCGGCGGCGCGGCGCUGCAGAAACGACGCAAGAAGGUCCAGGAGAUCGUCUUCCAUGGUCUUAGGAGGCUGAACUGUCCCCUGACCAUAAAAAUGCGCACGGGCUGGGACGAGACGCCCAAGUUGGCACAUACGAUGGCGGGGUAUAUCCAGCACUGGGCGAAUCAGCACGGUCCUUCGAGCGUGCCCUGCGUGUUUGUCCAUGGGCGGUCGCGGACGGCUCGAUACACGAAGGCGGCGAACUGGAGUUAUAUAAAUAUGGUCGCGAAGUGCCAGGACGAGUCCAUACCUGCUUUACCUAUAGUGGGCAACGGCGACGUGUUUUCCUGGAGAGAUUAUGCGGAGAAGAGAGAGCUCGCGCCGGCGACCUGCGACUGCGCGAUGCUCGCCCGCGGGGCGUUAAUCAAGCCCUGGCUGCCGACGGAGCUCAAAGAAAAACGCGACUGGGACAUCUCUUCUUCUGAAAGACUAGAUAUACUACGCGACUUCUGCAAGUUCGGGCUCGACCACUGGGGCAGCGAUUCAAGGGGAGUCGCGCGGACGCGGCGGUUUUUGUUGGAGUGGCUCUCGUUUCUGCAUCGAUACACGCCGGUCGGUCUGCUGGAGGUGCUACCGCAGCGCAUCCAAGAACGGCCGCCUCCUUUUAUUGGACGCAACGACCUCGAGACGCUCAUGGCCUCCGACGACUCGCGGGACUGGGUCAAGAUCUCGGAUUUGUUGCUGGGCAAGGCCGACGACGCGUACGACUUCGUGCCGAAGCACCGGUCGAACGCGUACGCGUCGUCCGCUCCGGCGGGGAGCGACUGGGGGUAA